AUGGUACCACCGCCGUCGUCGUCAUCGUCGCAGAAAGAAGCUGGAAAUACAUCGUUUGAGCAAGAUGCACUUUCUGUCAUUCUAGUGACAGCUGGCUACGAUCAUACCAUUCGAUUCUGGGAGGCAUGGUCAGGCGUAUGUUCACAUACGAUCCAGUACAAUGAAUCGCAAAUCAACCGUCUCUCCAUCUCGCCUGAUAAAAAGCUAUUGGCCGUGGCCGGCCAUAAUACGGUACGUCUUUACGACUGCCAUGCAAGCGCCGCCGCUGCAUUGAACAAUACAGACAACGCGGGGCGAGGCAGCAAUGUGCCGCCUGUGGCUACGUUUGAAGGGCACACGGGCAACGUCACCUCGAUUGGGUGGCAUUGCGAUGGAAAGUGGCUCGUUAGUGGCAGCGAGGAUGGGACGCUGCGUAUUUGGGAUACGCGUACGUCACGCUCGCAGCGAGUAUACGACCAUCAGGGCGCCGUGAACGAUGUUGUGAUUCAUCCGAACCAGGGCGAGCUCGUCUCCUGCGAUCAAAACGGCAGCGUCAAAGUAUGGGACUUGGGCGAGAAUGGAUGCAGUCAUGAACUUGUGCCUGAGGAAGAAGUGCCGAUGCGCUCUGUCUCCAUUGCGUCGGAUGGCUCUUGCCUUGUUGCGGCCAACAAUCGCGGGAAUGUCUAUGUGUGGAAAAUCCAAGGCGGCGCAUAUGCAGACGACGGGACGCCACAGGUGGGCGAGAGCCCGAAUGAGCUGACAGAUCUACAACCUGUCACCAAGUUCCGAGCGCACAAUACCUAUAUUACACGAUGUGCCUUAAGCCCAGAUGCGCGGUACCUCGCGACGUGUUCGGCGGAUACCACUGUGAAGAUUUGGUCUACGGCCCAGUACCAAUUCAAGCUGGACAAAGUGCUGACAGGCCACCAGCGGUGGGUAUGGGACGUGGCGUUCAGUGCAGACAGUGCCUACCUGGUAUCUGCCUCGUCGGAUCACGUUGCGCGCUUGUGGGAACUAUCAAGCGGUGAAACGAUGCGGCAGUACAAUGGACAUCACCGUGCGGCGGUGUGUGUGGACUUGAACGAUUCUAGCUUGGAGACAUGA